AUGGAGGUCGACCUGGGGAGGAGGCUCCGCUUCCCAGAGGCGGUACUGUCCACCUCUCUUAGACCAGACAUAGUUAUGUGGUCCCCAGAGGGAAAGAAAAUCAUCCUGGUGGAACUUAUUGUCCCGUGGGAGGAGGGAUGUGAGGAAGCAGCAGAGAGGAAUGUCCCUCUGGCUGAGAAGCUCCUCGAGAAGAACCUGACUAUUGUUGGGACUCUUCGCCAGAACAAACCAGACAUACCACCUAUCAUGAAGCCAAGCAAAUCACGGAUGAUUCAUAGCUCAGAAUUCGGGUUUAAUGGCAACAUGACCAUUGUGAGCUAUGUGCAGAAGAAAGGAAAGGCUGUUGUCCUUCUGAGCACAAUGCAUAAUGACAAAGCAGUGGAUGACAGUCAGAAGAAGAAACCAGAAGUGAUACUGUACUACAACAGACCAAAAGGGGAGUGGACACAACAGAUCAGAUGUCCGAGCCCCAGUUUGACUGUAAGUCCUAAUCUUUGUCCAAGUCCUUGCCCGAGCACCGAAGUCCUUGCCCAAGCCCUAGUGUUAGUCUCUUCCCUCCUCGUAGUAGUUGCCCUUGUUUCAGACUUUCCCCUAGUUCCCCUCGGCGGGCCCCUGUGCCUGCUCCUCGGCUGUAAUCCGACACCAGCUCCUCGGCUGAAGCCGACUCAUGCUCCUCGGCUGAAGCCGACUCCUGCUCCUCGGCUGAAGCCGACUCCUGCUCCUCGGCUGAAGCCGACUCCUGCUCCACGGCUGAAGCCGACACCUGCUCCUCGGCUGAAGCCGACACCUGCUCCUCGGCUGAAGCCGACACCUGCUCCUCGGCUGAAGCCGGCUCCAGCUCCUGAUCCUCUGCCGGCUCCAGCUCCUGAUCCGCUGCCGGCCUCUGCACCUGAUCCGCUGCCGGCCUCUGCACCUGAUUCCCUGCCGGCCUCUGCAACUGCUUCCCUGCCGGCAUCAGCACCUGCUUCCCUGCCGGCAUCAGCACCUGCUUCCCUGCCGGCAUCAACACCUGCUUCCCUGCCGGCAUCAGCACCUGCUUCCCUGCCGGCAUCAGCACCUGCUCCUCUGCCGGCAUCCACACCAGCAUCGGUGCCUGCUUCGGUUGCAGCCCCCACGCCUUCGUCUGCUGCUGCCAAGCCGAGUCCUCCUCCACGUCGGCCACGGGAGUGGCCGUACCCCGGGCGUCCGCCUCAGCAGGCGCGUCCACCUCCACAACGGCCACGGCUGUGGCCCUAUCCCGGGCGUCCUCCUCGUGUCUUUGUCAGCAACUAAAGUGGCCUUUGCGGGUUCGCCCGCCUGGACUGUUGUGGCAGCGACGUUCCACCUGCCGCUGCCACCUAGCGUGUCCUCGGUGGAUCCGGGGACACAGGACUUAUCAACCCUCCACCAGGUCCUCCCUCCACCCUCCCUUCAUUUUCAGACUGUCUCAUUGUGGGAGGGGGUUCUCUUUAUUGCUAUUUUUUUUGGGGCAUCUGGGAUCUGCCCCUUAAGGGGGGGGGGGGUAAUGUUGUGAUCCGGCUUCCGGAUCACACAUCUCUAGCAUGUUUAUGUCCUUUUUGUAUUGUCCUAUGUUUUGAUCAUGUUUUGGACUCUACCGAUCCCGUUUGUUAGCGCACUUCCUUGUUUUGUACUUUCACCAUGGCAACCUAAUUACGCCUCCUGGACGGAAUCACUACGCACACCAGUUUUGAAUUAUUUGUGUGGUAUUUAAGACCACCUGCUACCUUAGUUCCUCCUGGCUGUUUCGUUUGCUCACGCAACAAGUUACGAUCUGUUAUUCUUCAUUGUUUUUACUCUGCUAAGUUUUAGCUUAGCUUUCCGCGCGCUCGGCUCACGUUGCUUAUGGACUUUUGAACUCUACCCUUGCUACAAGUAGCAUUUAGCUUUCCGUGCGGUGGCACGCCUUUUCUUUUCCUUUGUCAAGUGUUUUGUUGUGUUUUAUUAUUAGAUCUGGUUCCUACCUCCACUCCUGCUUGCUCCCGUCUUUGGCAUCUUGGGGCCGACACCUCCGCGCAUCACAAUGCGCUCACAAAAUCGUAACACUUUACGAUAAAUACAGUGGCGGCAAACUCCGUGGCUUGCUAGCUUGUUUGCGCUGGCUUUCGGAGACUCUUAUUUUGUUAGCGCAGGCGCGAUGGAGCGGCACUUUUAUUGUAAAGACAAGAAGUGUGCGA